CCAGCCGCGCCGCCGUGCCCGAGCACACACAACGAGCUCCCUCGCUUGCCAAGACCCAGCAAACUUAGCAAUCGACGCGUUCACGAGGAGAGCAAGUGCGACGUCGCCGGUCGGUCAAGAAGGAGAAACUAAAGGACGUUAAUCGGCAGAUGGGGAGGGCUCCGUGCUGCGAGAAGAUGGGGCUCAAGAGGGGUCCCUGGACGCCCGAGGAGGACAGGAUCCUUGUGGCGCACAUCGAGCGCCACGGGCACAGCAACUGGCGCGCGCUGCCGAAGCAGGCGGGCAUUCUGCGCUGCGGCAAGAGCUGCCGGCUCCGGUGGGUCAACUACCUGCGCCCGGACAUCAAGCGCGGCAACUUCACCAGGGAGGAGGAGGACGCCAUCAUCCACCUCCACCACAUGCUCGGGAACAGAUGGUCGGCAAUUGCUGCCAGGCUGCCUGGGAGGACGGACAACGAGAUCAAGAACGUCUGGCACACGAACCUCGUGAAGCGGCUCGAGCCAAAGCCAUCCAGCCAGGCUAAUGCUGCCCCCAAGCGCAAACCCAAGAAGCUGCAGCCUGAGGCUGUGACGGUUGACGGCCCGAUCACCGUGCCGGUUUCGCCGGAGCAGUCGCUCUCGACGUCGACCACCAUGGCCUCGUCGUUGGAGAACGCGGGCAGUUUCACCUCGGAGGAGUUCCAGAUUGACGACAGCUUCUGGUCGGAGAUGCGGGCGAUGACGGUGGACAGCUCCGGUUCCGGGAUGGAGACAGAGGACGGCGCCUUCGGUGCGGACGGUCCGUCGCCGCAAGCGACCAACGACGACAUGGACUUCUGGCUCAAAUUGUUCGUGCAGGCUAGUGACACGCAGAUUUUGCUCCAGAUUUAGGCAGAAGUACUUAAUCAAACAAGAUGUACUUAAUCAUCUUAUUUUUUAACAAAAGUACCCUUGUUAUUUUCUUUUUAUUAAUUUAUCCUUGGUUAGAAGUACUCUUUGACGGAGAUAUCAAGAUUUUGAUUUUAGUAGGUAAUUUUAGUUUCCACAAUUGUUUUUUUAUAUUUGGGGUAUCAAUAUGUUUUAGGUGUGGUAUAAAGAAUGUAUCGAUAAUUUACCAUUUUAUUCA